AUUUCUGUGGAAAAUGUGUUGAAAUGCUGCCGGUGGCGGUGCGGGUCCGUGCGCGGGGGCUUUAACGCGCAAGGAGAGGUUGGAGGAUUUGGGGCGCCGGAGAUCUCCGGUUUCCCCAAACAAUAGUCGACAGGACGCGAUGGUCGCCUCUUUUUUUUUUUUUUUUGAAACCGCAGGGAAGUUUAGGACCCUCAUCGACCCCCUAUUGUUGUUCCAACCGAGGCCACGUAGCUCUGUGGGGCGAUUUUUUUUUUUAAAACGUGGGAGGACGUGCGUUGUGUUUACGCGUGUUUCUGGAGGAUUAAAUCCAGACAGUGAGAGAGAGAGAUGCGCAUGGAGGGAAUAAUCGCGUCCAGUUUGAUUGUAGGCCGAAGGUCUUUUUGAAUCUGAGGGAUUGGUCAUCCACCUCAGCUCUCCCCUGCUGCGACUCUCCUACCCACCGUCCUCUCUCCCACCCCUCUUCUCCUCCUCUCUUUUAGCCUCCCCUCACCUCGCUCUCCCCCCUCCCUUCUCCUGCUCCCUUCCCCAUCGGCCUCCAAGAUAGAUUCCCUCAGGAGUAAGGUUGACCUACUCAAGCUGCCCCUCGCUCUCUCCACCAAGUCCAUCUCCGAGCGCAAGAGCCAGCAGGGAGGAGUCGGCGAGCAGCGCGGCACGGGGGGUGGAGGAGGAGGCGGGGCUCGUAAAGCCCGCUCACCGCCGACCCGAGACAUGGACAACGAGUCGCAGUACUCGGGCUACUCAUACAAGUCAUCCCACUCCAGAAGCUCCCGCAAGCACAGGGAUCGGAGGGAUCGUCACCGCUCUAAGAGCCGAGACAGCAGCAGUCGUGGAGACAAAUCAGUAACAAUCCAGACACCAGGAGAGCCGCUGCUGGAUGCAGAGUCGACACGCGGAGAUGAAAGGGAUGAUAACUGGGGCGAGACCACCACAGUCGUCACCGGCACCUCAGAACACAGUAUCUCUAACGAGGACCUGACCCGCCUCACCAAAGAUUUAGAGGAGUCGACUCCUCUGGAGUGCAAACGCUUCGUCGGCCCGGCUCUGGGAGGCUGCUUGAGCUUCUUCGCCCUCGUCACGCCUUUAGCUUUCCUCAUCCUCCCGCAAGUCUUGUGGCGCGACGCCCUCGAGCCCUGCGGCACGCCCUGCGAAGGCCUCUACGUCUCUCUGGCCUUCAAGCUCCUGGUCCUGCUCAUCUCGUCCUGGGCGCUGUUUCUCCGGCCUCCACGCGCCACGCUGCCGCGUUUCUUUGUCUUCCGCUGCCUGCUGAUGGUGCUGGUGUUCCUGUUCGUGGCGUCGUACUGGUUGUUCUACGGCGUGAGGGUGCUGGAGCCCAGGGAGAGGGACUACAGGGGGAUCGUGGAGUACGCCGCCUCGCUGGUGGACGCCCUGCUCUUUAUACAGUACUUGGCUCUGGUGCUGCUAGAGGUCCGACACCUGCAGCCGGCCUUUUGCCUUAAGGUGGUCCGGAGCACGGACGGAGCCAGCAAGUUCUACAACGUGGGCCACCUCAGUAUCCAGCGGGCGGCUGUCUGGGUGUUGGACCGUUAUUACAGCGACUUCUCCGUCUUCAACCCUGCCCUGCUCAACCUGCCCAAGUCCAUCCUGUCCAAGAAGAUGACCGGCUUCAAGGUUUACUCCCUGGACGAAAACACCACCAAUAACUCCACAGGCCAGUCCCGGGCCAUGAUAGCAGCCGCCGCCCGGAGGAGAGACAACUCCCACAACGAGUUCUACUACGAGGAGGCUGAGAUGGACCGCAGGAUCCGCAAACGCAAGGCCAGGUUGGUCGUGGCAGUGGAAGAGGCCUUCACACACAUCAAGCGUCUCCACGAAGACGAGGUCGCCUCGUCCCCCAAACACCCGAGGGAAGUGAUGGAUCCUCGGGAGGCGGCUCAAGCCAUCUUCGCCCCGAUGGCCCGAGCCAUGCAGAAAUACCUGAGGACGACCCGGCAGCAGGCCUUCCACAGCAUGGAGAGCAUCCUCACACACCUGCAGUUCUGCAUCACGCACAACAUGACGCCAAAGGCUUUCCUGGAGCGUUACCUCACCCCGGGCCCCACCAUGCAGUACCAGCAGCAGAACGGCAGGGGACGCCAGUGGACUCUAGUGAGCGAGGAGCCGGUGACCACAGCCCUGCGUCAGGGUCUGGUGUUCUCACUGCGACGCCUGGACUUCUCCUUGGUGGUCACGGUGACUCCGCUCCCCUUCUUGCGACUCGGGGAGGAAUUCAUCGACCCAAAGAGCCACAAGUUCGUCAUGAGGCUGCAGUCGGAGACCUCGGUGUGAAGACUCCUCACACCUUCUUUUUUAAUUUGUCCUCCUCCUCCUCUUGUUUUUCUCCCCAUGCUCGCUCCUGCUGGAUCACUCUUGUUGUCGGGACAUGCGGAGGCCAUGUGGUCCAAUCCCAUUCAGCCAUUCCCCUCCCUCCCCUUCUGUCUGUGACAAAGAAACCAUUCGAGGAGAGAAGGGGUGUGAAUCCCCUCUCCUGUUUUAUGAUCUGAUAUCAAACUGUGAUCAGCUCAACGAUUGUCCAGGAGUUUAACAGAUGCCUUCACUUCUUCUUCUUCUUCUACUACUACUCUGUAAAAAAAAAGGGGGGGGACUUUUUCUCUCUUUGCCUUUUUCUUUCGCUGUAACCACUGGACUACUUUACUGUGCUGACUCAACACACGAACACCAGGGGUGAUGGUAGUAGGAGGGUGGGGAUUACAUCACAUCUGUCACUUCCUCUUUCACACUAACUGGAGCUCUGACUGCAACGCUGGUGUGCCACUGCCUCUUUUGGUUCCCUGUCGGUGUAUUUUUGUUUUUGUUUGACAUGUCAAGGACUGAUUUUUAUAUAUAUAUUAAAGGGUGUGACUUUAUUCUUUUUUUUUUUUUUUUUUUUUUUUUUUACUUACAGAAUGUAGCAUUAUGUGCAUUUGAAAUUAACACGUUGCUUUUCUGCCGGCCUUAAGGCCAACAUGUUUUUUUUUUUUUUUUGUUGUUGGAAAAAUGGAAGUACAUUCCUGUUGUUGCUAUUCCAGACUCUGUAUAUUCCAUGAUUGUCUUUUAAAAUAUGCAGAUUUAGUUUUAUUCUACACUGGCUGUUUUUUAUUUUUUUUAAAUGAUUAAUUUUACAGUUUUAGACCCCGUUUACACCUGUUAUUAACAUUGACACAGUUUAUAUCUGGACGAGGAUGUUGAAGCAUAAGACUGUUGUACUUUUUUGUCAACGAAUCCCAUGAAAAGAUGAGAAAAACCAACAAUGUG